UUGUGCAGAACAGGUAGAUCUACACGGCCUUCUGCAUGGCAUACCUUCAAUUCCAUUCGUUUAUUGCAAGAAAUUGCUAAGUAAAACUAAGUACUCGGUUGCUUAAUCGAAUUCAUUCUUUGUUAUUCAGCUUUAAAGGAAUCCAAUUUCUUUUAAGAGUGGAACCCUGCGACACAAACGCUGCUGUUUUCUAAAUGUGAGAGGAUGUACUCCAGAAGAUCUGACUACAACCACAGGCGGCAGGACGGUGACAGAAAUUCAAGACGAAACAGGGAGGACUAUGAUGACAGACGUGGAGAAAGACAUGAUCUCCACAGUAGUACCUCUCGGGACUCCUAUCAUAAAUACACCAGAGAUGGACACAGUAGCACGGACAGGGCGAGCAAAAGUAGACAUUACAGUGGGUCUCCUAAGAGGCUGCGCAGUUCAGAUUCAGCAAACCGAGACUGGAGCAGAAGAAGCCCUCAGAGGAGGCGCCUGUCCCCAUCUAGUUGGGACGUGCCAGUGGACCAAAGGCGAAAGAAUACAGAGGAUAAGGAUAACUAUAGAUAUAGGCGGGAUUCUUCAGAAAAAACAUACAGGGCCUCACCAUCUAGGUCUUCAUGGAACCAACAGUUGAGAUAUUCACCGUCACAUGAAGAUGAUGUCAGGUACAGGAAAACGUCUCCAUAUUCAAGAUCUGUGCGUCACCGUGAAGAGUUUCCUCCUAAAAGACAGUAUGAGGAUUUCAGCGACGCAGAUUCUCCUGAUCGCUAUGAAGCAAAACGGAGACAUGGGAGUGGACAGGAAAGGACACACUCACCCGAUUACUCUACAAAGAAUCAGGCCGAGAUGAGAUCUACAUCGACAUAUGAUACAUAUUAUGAAAGCAGAGCCUCUGCACAGCUAAAUGGAUCCAAAGAACAGUAUCUUAAAAGCGACGGGACUCCACAAAGCGCCGCCCGCCCUGAAGAAAAGUCGUCUAAAGGCUUCCAACGCUUUCUUGAUAUACUCAACAAGGGCGUGAAUGUUGACGUCCUCAAUCAGAUAGUAAGUCAGAGCCCCAAACCGCAGUUUGAUGGGCGCAUUUCUUCAAGCUCUUUUGUGAAAGUUUCAGAUGAACGUUGGUAUUCGGGUAGCACAGAGAGGGAACAGAAAGGGUACGCAGAUAACAGCCGCUGGAAGGAAAGUAAGGGAUCCCUCAGGUCUUUGUCUCCGCAGCGGGAUCAUGGGUCCGCCAGUCCAAACGGGAAUCAAGUCUCUGUCAGAGAGGGCUCCUUUGAGGCCAAGUCCCCCUCAGUGGAAAAGAUAACUAUGACCCCUGAAGAGCUGCAAAAGCACAAACAAAUGCAAGAUGUUUUGCAGGCUAUUGGUAUGGAUCUGGGAAUCGAAGAGCUCGGCCAAAUGUCUCAUCGGAUUCAGGAGCGUCUCUAUGGCAAGAGAGACAAUGAGGGUGGGAAUAGGUUCAGUCGGGAAAGAAGUGUUGAGCAGCCAAACCCUGUGAGAUGUCGAAGUAGAUCACCAAGCACGCCCAGUGUUACCUCACCACGUCAGAGCUGUUAUUCAAAGAGAGACACGAGGGAGGAAGCGGACAUGCCGCAGUCUGGAUACAGUUUGGAGUUAAAUCAAAAGUCUUCUCUGGAGGAUCAGGGAAGUGUGGGAAAUAGAGCUAGCCCUAUGAAGAUACCUCCUACUCCGAAUGCUCCGACUGCUCUCCCUUUCAACCCUAUCCACUCAGUAAAGCAACUUCCUCCUCCAUCAAUGCCACCAUUUCCACCAUAUCCUCCCAGCAACAGUUUACCACCGUCGUACCCCAACGUUCCUCCACCUCCUCUUCCUUUUUUGCCCCCCUUUGGAUCAGGAAACUUCUUUCCUCGCAACCCCCACAUGCUCCGCACUCCAGCUGUGCCGCCACCUCCGCUGUCUCAGUUUGGACCGCUGGUCCCACCACAUACGCAGCUUUUGAAUCCAACAAGCAUACAUGCUCAACAAGCCAUGAACCCAGUGGAGAAAAAGAAAGAAAGGCUGGAGAAAAAGAAAGAAAGGCCUCGCUUCUUGCAGGUUAUUAAAUAAAGUGCAUCUUACUCAGCAUAAAUGGUUUGUAGCCUUUUUUUUUGUUUGAUUGCUUAGAAUUUCCAAAACAAACAGUAACAGGUUGAAAUGAUGUUUUUGGAGAAUAUAAAUAAGCCUGUAUAGUUUAAUAACAUAAAGUAAAUAGUCAGUGCUCUAAUGCACAUGUUCCACCUGAAAUGACGUUGAGCAUCUGAGGAAAUGCUGUUUGCACUGGACAUUUACCAACACCAGCAGUAGCAAAUCAAAAUGGUCCUCAAUCAACUGCAUCUGUUUAGCAAAUAAAAUCUGUAACUUCUGAUUUCUGCUCUGAUUUCUGUUCAAUAUUUGUUUAAAAGAUGUAAACCCAUGCCUCAUCUUGUUAACAUGAAGGCAGACUGUCAAAUAUUUUUGUUUAUAUUUCUGUACAUGUAAUUAACUGAUGUUUAAUAAUCGGAAAUGUAAAAUAUUAAAGACAGUUCCAAAUAAA